AUGGACCAAUAUCCCUUUUACUCGGGCCACCCCUCACAGCAGCAGAACUUCGCACUCUAUGGACUCCCCACCCCCACGCAGAACAACCACGGCGAUGAGAUGCAAGGACCCUUCGAUCCUCUGGUUUGUGCCCCUCUCAACUCGCCGGUGCCGUCAGAAUCCAAAACGGGAGCUGCAGCCGCUAACCGUCCAUCCCAGAAUUACCAACCUCCCUUCGACCCAUCCUUCAAUCCCGCCGCAGCACAAUUUGGCGGCAGCCUGCCCCAGUCCCCGCCGGACUCGUACACGAAACACUCCGUCACAAGCGGCGAACACCCCACCGGCAAUAAUUACCCAGGGUCCAUCGAAAGUCGCGAUGAAUUCGCCGUGCGGAGCAGCAGCGAAGAGAAGGAGAAGGAGGCGCUGGGCUUCGGAGUGACGCCCGCGCAGAGUAAGCGCAAGGCGCAGAAUCGGGCUGCCCAGCGAGCCUUCCGCGAACGUAAAGAACGGCACGUCCGCGACCUCGAAGACAAAGUCUCUUCCCUGCAACAAGAGUCCUCGACUUUACUCGCCGAUAACGAGCGCCUAAAGCGCGAAGUCGCGCGGUACAGUACCGAGAACGAGAUCCUGCGCGCGACGACGCACUCUUCCACGCCCGGCCCCAACGUCAACGCCGACGAGCAUCGAAAAACCAAGGACCGCGAGGCCGCGCAGACCGGACCCAUGACUUACUCGCCCACGGACUUCUACAGCGACCUUGUUCCUGCGGGGCAGUCGGCGCGAUUACACCGGGUGACGUACUGUAGUCAAACGGGCGAGCGGCUGCUCGAUGCGGGUGCGACGUGGGAUCUGAUUCAGGGCCAUGAGAUGUUCAAGAAGGGGCUCGUGGAUAUUGCGGGGGUGACGAGACGGUUGAAGAGUAGUGCGCAGUGUGAUGGGCAGGGACCGGCAUUUCGGGAAUGUGUUGUUAGACGAGCCGUUGAGGAGAGUAUUCUUGAGCAUUCGGAUGAGUUGUUGUGA